UUCUGAUCUACCGCCUCACUCUCACAGCCUGAACUGAAGCAUGGCGGCCGAAGCCCUCCUCUCUCUGUCCCUUUCGCUGGGCAUUCUCAUCUCCCUCUGCUCUGCAGAUUGGAACAUCUUGAGCAGCCAAAGAACAAGAAAUGGGGUAAAGAUCAGCUUGAAGAACUACUGCGAGGGCUGGAGGAUGAACGUGGAGCUCCACAACAUCAGGGAGUUUGAGGUGGUGCCCGAGGAAUGUGUCAACUACGUCGGCAAGUACAUGAAGUCGACCCAGUACCGGGUAGAUUCGGAGCGGGCGAUCGAGGAGUGCAUUAUGUAUCUCAGCACCAGCUGCAGCUUGAAGAGGGAUGGCAGAGAUGCAUGGAUCUUUGACAUUGAUGACACUAUGCUGUCUACUGUGCCUUACUAUAAGAAACAUCAAUACGGGGGAGAGAAGUUGAAUGUGACUUCUUUAGAAGAGUGGAUGAGCAAGGCAAAGGCACCAGCUUUGGAGCACUCGCUCAAUCUCUUCAAUGAGAUUAAGGCCAGAGGCAUUCAGAUCGUCCUGGUCUCUUCGAGGAGGGAACACCUCAGAUCUGCAACUAUUGACAACCUUGUCAAUGUCGGUUUCCAUGGCUGGAGUAGCCUUGUCCUGAGGGGACCUGAGGAUGAGCUGAAAGGAGUGCAAAGCUACAAGGCUGAGGUGAGGAAGAAACUGGUCAGUGCAGGGUAUCGCAUAUGGGGCAUUCUUGGAGACCAAUACAGCAGCAUCCAGGGACUUCCUAGCGCCAAGAGGACGUUCAAGCUUCCAAAUCCUCUCUACUACAUUUCUUGAGGACAUCAUCUCUUGCAACAUGUCAUGAGCAAAAUCCAUUGUCCAUGUUCCAACAGACACUUGUCUUCCUUUGUGGUUCCUUUCUCCCAUCAUCAAAGGAACUCUCCUUACUACAAA